CUGCUACGUGUCUCGACAGCCCCUCGUUCUCUCUCCUUGUCCUCAUCUAGUCAUCUCUGCAAGCUACAUUUGCUUUUCCUCCCAGAAAGAAACCGCUGUACGAAAACUCAAGACUGCAGAGCACAGAUUUUAUAGAAUAUAAAAAUCUUCUCUCUGCACCUUUUUGUGUCCAGACUGGGUCCUGCUAUCUCUCCAGUGAAUUUUACAAAUUUCUUUGAAUUUUAGAGGCAACAUUGAAUGUUUUUUGUGUGUGCGCAUUUCAGAUCGAUUUAGUUCGGUAAACGGAGCUAUCAAGAUUCCAGCUUUUCACCAUAAAUAUACGUGCGGGUUGUAUUUCACUUCGUAUGCAUACUUAUAUUGACGAAGGUCUCCAAAUUGGGUUUGUUUGGGUGUUUUGUGUGGUUGAUAUCCACUUCCCUUUUGGGUUCUGAGUUUCUCACUUCCCAUCUGUGACCCCACUUGAGAAAUUUCAGCGUCAGGAUGCCAGCUAUUGUGCAGUAAAAAUCACAUAUUUUUGCACAUUUGCCCGAAUAUAGGCAAUAUUAGUUUAAAAAAAGUAGCUUACAUGUGCGGGUGGCCUGAACUCACUCUCUUCCAAUUUUGGGUGUGGGGUCUACUGUGGUAAAACUACCAGCUUUAGGCUGAGUCUGUGCUUGUGGGUUCUGGGAAUCUGUAUGCAACCCCCAGUUCAAUUUGGGUCUAAAUUGAGGGGCUGUUGGUGUCGUGAUUUUCUCCUCUACAUCAAGCUGCGGACAUUAGAUUUGAAGGGUUAUCCCUCCAGAAACCAAAGCAGCUUUUUCUUGAAAGGAAAUGUCUUCUGGGAUGGAGAUAGAUGAAGAAGAGAAUGAAACUAAGGGCGGGAUGUGGGUUUUGGACCAGAAGCUUGAUCAAUCCAUGGACGAGGAGGCUGGAAGACUGAAAAAUAUGUUCAGAGAAAAGAAAUUUUCGACGGUGUUACUAUUAAGGCUUGCAUUUCAGAGCCUAGGGGUAGUAUAUGGAGACCUGGGCACAUCUCCACUUUACGUGUUCUACAAUACAUUUCCCCGAGGCAUUCAAGACACCGAGGAUGUAAUUGGUGCACUUUCAUUGAUUAUAUACUCACUCACUCUUGUUCCGCUUCUCAAGUAUGUUUUCAUAGUAUGCAGGGCAAAUGACAAUGGCCAAGGUGGAACCUUUGCUCUCUAUUCCCUACUGUGCAGACAUGCUAAAAUUAAAACAAUUCCCAACCAACAUAGGACAGAUGAGCAUCUGACAACCUAUAGUCGCUGCAUAUUCCAUGAACAUUCAUUUGCUGCAAAAACAAAGAGAUGGCUGGAGGCAUAUGCAGUCACAAAGGAUGCACUUCUUGUUCUUGUGCUCAUUGGUACUUGUAUGGUGAUUGGGGAUGGAAUUCUUACUCCCGCAAUCUCAGUCCUUUCAGCUUCUGGUGGGAUCAAGGUUAACCAUCCGAAGAUGAGCAGCGAUGCAGUUGUGGUUGUUUCAGUGUUUAUAUUAGUUGGGUUGUUUAGCUUGCAACAUUACGGGACAGACAAAGUUGGUUGGAUGUUUGCUCCUGUUGUACUGCUCUGGUUUCUAAUCAUAGGAGGAAUUGGCAUUUUCAACAUCUGGAAAUAUGACGUCUCUGUUCUCAAGGCCUUUUCCCCUCUAUACGUAUAUCGUUAUUUGAGGACGGGGCGAAAAGACAGUCGAAUAUCACUUGGUGGGGUCAUGCUCAGUAUUACAGGUACAGAGGCACUUUUUGCCGAUCUUGCUCAUUUUCCUGUAUCUGCAGUACAGCUUGCUUUCACGCUUAUUGUAUUCCCCUGCCUUCUUUUGGCAUACAGUGGACAAGCAGCGUAUCUCAUGCAACAUAAACAUCAUGUUGCUGAUGCAUUCUAUCUCUCUAUCCCAGCUAGCAUAUAUUGGCCAGUCUUUGUCAUAGCUACUCUAGCUGCUAUUGUUGCCAGUCAAGCCACCAUAUCAGCUACUUUUUCCAUAAUCAAGCAGGCUCUAGCUUUAGGCUGUUUUCCGAGGGUCAAGGUGGUGCACACAUCAAAGAAGUUCCUUGGACAAAUAUAUAUUCCGGACAUCAAUUGGAUCCUUAUGAUACUCUGCAUUGCUGUUACUGCUGGUUUCAGAAACCAAAGCCAAAUUGGCAAUGCUUAUGGGACAGCAGUAGUGAUAGUCAUGCUGGUGACCACACUGCUGAUGAUUUUGAUAAUGCUUCUGGUCUGGCACUGCCACUGGCUUCCGGUCCUCAUUUUCACCUGCUUCUCUCUUGUGGUGGAGUGCACCUACUUCUCUGCAGUGCUCUUUAAAGUUGACCAAGGCGGUUGGGUUCCGCUUGUGAUUGCUGCUGCCUUUCUCGUCAUCAUGUACGUUUGGCAUUACGGCACGGUGAAGCGCUACGAGUUCGAGAUGCACAGCAAGGUAUCAAUGGCCUGGAUUCUUGGGCUGGGCCCCAGCUUGGGCCUAGUCCGCGUGCCUGGGAUAGGGCUUGUUUACACCGAGCUAGCCAGUGGGGUGCCCCACAUCUUCUCACACUUCAUCACGAACCUACCGGCCAUCCAUUCGGUGGUGGUGUUCGUUUGCGUGAAGUACCUCCCGGUCUACAUGGUCCCGGAAGAUGAGAGAUUCCUCGUGAAGCGGAUAGGGCCCAAGAGCUUCCACAUGUUCCGCUGUGUUGCAAGGUAUGGGUACAAAGACCUUCACAAGAAAGAUGAUGAGUUCGAGAAGAAGCUGUUUGACAACCUUUUUGUGUUUGUCCGGCUCGAGUCGAUGAUGGAGGGCUGCUCAGAUUCGGACGAAUACAGUUUGUGUGGUGGACAGCAAGCAAAGAGGUCCGCGGAUUUCCUGUUGCUAAAAAGCAAUAACAGUAGCAACACGGACAUCACGACCGUGUCAUCUUUGGACACCUUAAUGCACCAUGCUGGGAGCUAUCACACAAUAACCUCGUCGUCUGGCGGGCGGAAGAGCAGUCAGACGGGGGAGAUGGAUGAGAUGGAGUUCUUGACUAACUGUAGAGAUGCUGGGGUGGUCCACAUUCUCGGGAACACGGUCGUUAGGGCCAACAGAGAAUCCAGGUUCUUUAAGAAAAUCGCAAUCAAUUAUAUAUAUGCAUUUCUCAGGAAGAUAUGUAGGGAGAAUAGUGUCAUUUUUAAUGUGCCUCAUGAGAGCCUACUGAAUGUUGGCCAGAUCUUCGUUGUAUAAAAUCUCUGUAACAAGUUUUGAACUUUUGAACAACUUCCAUCAUGAACACCCUGUAAUUUAAAAAAUCGUAGUAAUAUUUUUAUUGAAAAAAUUAGCAUCGUGUGUGCA